GCUUUUAUACAGCGCUGCUGUGGAGGACGCUUCACAUCCACCCGGCCCUCUGGGACCCAACAUGGCCGCCGCUGCCAGAGGAGACAAACGUGGAGACAAACACCCAACAUGCAACCCAGGGGAGUUCAGGAUUGUGAUGGUGGGGAAGACCGGCGUUGGGAAGAGCGCUACUGGAAACACCAUUCUGGGAAAACAGUUCUUCCAAUCAGAGUUCUCCCCUAAAUCUUCGACAAAGGUCUGCACAAAGGCCGUUGGUGAAGUGAACGGGCAAAAGGUUUCUGUUAUUGACACUCCGGGUCUGUUUGACACCAGGGUUGAUGAGAAGAAAACCAUUGAAGAUCUAGGCCGGUGCAUGUACUAUGCUUCUCCUGGACCACAUGUCUUCCUGGUCCUCGUCCCACUGGGCAGAUACACAGAGGAAGAGAAGAACACAGUGCUGAAGCUCCAGAAGGUGUUUGGAGAAGGUGCAGACAGAUACAGCAUGGUUCUCUUCACCCACGGGGACCAGCUCAAAGGGAAACCUAUCGACGAGUUCAUACAGGAGAGCGAAGAACUGAAGGAACUUGUGGCCAAAUACAACGGCCGCUACCACGUCUUCAAUAACGAGGCGAAGGAUCCGUCGCAGGUCACAGAGCUGCUGGACAAGAUCAGGAAGAUGAUGGAGGAGAACGGAGGGAACCAUUACACCACUGAGAUGUUUCAGAAGGCAGAGAAGGCGAUUAAAGAGGAGAAACAACGAAUCCUUAAAGAGAAAGAAGAACAAAUGCGCAAAGAGCAGGAGAGACUUGAGAAUAAAAUAAUGGAAACAAAGAAAGCGCAGAAGGAUCCAGCUGAAACACUUCCAGUCUCUCUCCUCGGGUGCCCUCACCUUGAGAUCUCUCUCUGUGGGUGCCUCGCCCCCAAAAUCUCUCUCCUGGGUGCCUUUCCUUUUAGGAACCUCUUAUAUAACAGACCCCUGAUGGUCGGAGGGUGCAUCGUAUUUCCUUUCAGACGUCAAAAUAGGCAAAUGCGCAGAUCCAAGUUCAUGAAAUAUCAUAUCAUUGCAAAUUUAAUUAACUAUGUAGAAAUCAUGAAGACACAACAAUACAUCUGAUGCAUCAGGUCCAUGAUGGAUGUUUAUCAAAUUAUAGACAUUGGUGUCGUAGAAAGCGCUUCCAAUCAGAUUCUUCACAUACUUUUUAAUGCUCUACUUUGUAGUUAACGAGGACAUUGUACAAAUUAUUUAACUGCAUAACUACGUUGACAAAACUUUACGGUUGUUGUACCUAAGGGGGAAAUACACAUGGGCUGAUAAUUGAAAAGUUGUUUUUUUAAUGCCAAAUAUCAUUGUACGGGUUUACGGAAGGUUAUUUUGAGAGAACGUUAAAAGUUCACAAGCGCUCACAGAACUGCUGCUGUUUCCUGUAAAUGGGGAUGGGAGGGGUGGACGUGGUUUGUGCUGUUCUAUCAACAAGGAACUAUUGGAACGCAGGAGAACUGGAUGUUGAACAUGUGUAAAGAUUGAACAGGACAAUCAAGGGUGUGACUCAUGGCUGUCAAUCGGUUAAAAGUUGAAUAAAUAAAAAAAUACAGGACCUGA